AUGAGCUGUGGCAGGUAUCAGAGGAAAGACAGUCAGAGUGGAACUGUGUGUGGUGGAGCUAUCUGUGGUGGAGCCUCCGUGGUGGAGCUGUCCGUGGUGGAGCUGUGUGUGCUGGAGCUGUCCGUGGGGGAGCUGUCUGUGGUGCAGAUGUCCGUGGGGGAGCUGUCUGUGGUGCAGAUGUCCGUGGUGGAGCUGUCCGUGGUGCUGAUCAUUGUGUUCUGUCCUCGGGUCACAGUGCCACACCGAGCGGUGGCAGGAGUCGACCAAGUCCCCAUCUGCCGUGACCAGGGCCUGAGGCGGGAGGGCAGUGGUCUGACUCUAUAUCUGUGCACUGGUGUCCAAACGCCUGGUGUCCAAACGCCUGGUGUGUCCAAACGCCUGGUGUGUCCAAAUGCCUGGUGUGUCCAAAUGCCUGGUGUGUCCAAAUGCCUAGUGUGUCCAAACGCCUGGUGUGUCCAAACGCCUGGUGUGUCCAAACGCCUGGUGUCCAAACGCCUGGUGUGUCCAAACGCCUGGUGUGUCCAAAUGCCUGGUGUGUCCAAAUGCCUGGUGUGUCCAAAUGCCUAG